AUGUGCUGCGGAAGCGCCAACUGGAAGCGCGAAGAGGUGCCCGAUCACAAGUUCGACUUCAUUGAUGUGCGCGACUUUCGCAACAAUGGCUGCUUUCAGCAUUUCAAGUACGUCUUCCUCUUUGUCAUGGUGGUCAAGUCGUUUGCAGUCUACGUCGCCGAUAUCUACACUGCCGUCACGCUGCUAGCCUUUGGACACUUCAGCGGCAGUCUCUACGACAAGGUGCAGAACGAUCCGCAAAACAACUUUCGCGUGCCCAUCGCGUAUGGUCGAUGGAUCUUUAGCGGGUGCAUCAUAUUUUCGUUCCUCCUGCUCGCCUACGAGGCACACAAGUCCCGCGCCAUCGUCAAGAGCCGCGACAUCAGCUACGCGUACACCAACGUCAUGGCCAACAACUACUACUCUCUGCGCAGCUACGACCACUUUUGCUUCUUCGACCACAUCAACGAUAGCAAAAAGAAGAAGGACGAGCUGGCUUUCUUCAUCUUCUUCACCUUCAAAGGAUGGAAGCGUCUUCUGGUUGCCGACGGUCCACGUCAGGUGAUCAACUUUUUCACCCUCUACGGUCUCGGCUCCUUUGCCAACUGGUCUACCAACCCGUACGACUACUACGAGGGUAACAUCUUUACGGGCAUCAUGAUCCUCUCGAUGCUUUUCACCGUGGCCGUGUUUGCCGGCUCGCUCAUCUUGCUCAUGUUGGCGGGCAUCGCAUACAUCCCGCUGCUCUGCUACAUCAAGGGCAACCUCAAAGAAUACUGCUGCCACAAGGUGGACAAGCGUGUCACCGAGCUGGUUCACCUCAAGAAGAAGCAGCGUCUGGCCAAAGUCGCCGAGAUCGCACGUAAGGAAGCCGCGGGAGAUUUCUCGCAUUUGAUGAACAAGAAGGGCGAGAUGAUCGGUCAAGCCAUCCCUCAGCCUACCUUGCCCACCGUUGACGUCGACCUGCUCAACGACGAAAAGCCCCUCAAAUCGGCGCCUCUGCAGCGCAACAACAGCGUCGGGAGCUCGACUACACCGCAUGGCGCUCCACCAGGCGGCUACUACGGCAACGCAGGCGUGCCCGGACACCAGUCGCCCGGCUUUAACCCUUCGCACUUUUACGGCCUCAAUGCGCCUUCGACACACAGCCUGGGCUAUGGCGACAACAAGGCCGAAUAUGGCAGCUCGGCGAAUCUGGUUGCCAACGCUGGGCCUGUAGGUGGUGACUUUGCGAAUACCAACUUUGACGCGUUGGCGGAUCGCAUGGGUCCCAUCGGAACCAGCCCGAUGCUGUUUGCGCAGCGCGUCGGCGGCGGUGCAGGCAGAACGUCUCCUGCCCCGCCGUCUAUGGCUCCUUACAACGCGCAAGCUACCGGACAGCGGUCUCUGCUCGACGCCAGCAACGGGGGCAUGUCUCAGCAUCCUGGCGCCAUGGGAGAGUCGUAUGAAAUGUACGGCCGACAGAGCCCCUACCCGGAUGCACAUGCGCAGCAAACCGAGUCGCCCUACAUCUCGAGAGGACUCGACUACCCGCCACCGCAGAAUACACACGACGUCGAUGGCCUCGACUAUCCGCCGCCGUCAGCACCCGAUAUCUCAUCGUACGUGCCGUACCGUGGGCGGGAUGGGUACGAUCACCAGCCACCUGCAGUCGAAGUCUCUGUUGCACCUCCGAGCACAGCCAACGAGGGCAGCAGCAGCCAUCUGGGCGUCGGAUACGGCACCGACGGCUUUGGUGGAGAGCUGCAUCCAAACCUGUACACCAACAGCAACGGCGCUCGAUCGGGGGCCAACUCGUCAUCGCACAGUCCGACGACGAGCGUUGGGAACGGCCUGGACGAUGUCUAUGACGCCUAUCUCAACAACUCGCACGAGCACUCGCCUGCCAUCACGCCCGACCAGCGACACAGCUACAUGAUGAGCGACUAUCCGGAUCAUGCUGACGGCGGCAUUGGCAACUACUACCAGCAGCACGAACAGCAGCAGCACUAUCAAAUCGAUGGCAGCAGCAACAACGAUGGCUUUGAUCAGUAUCACAGUCAUAGCCAUCAGAACGGGUAUGCUGAGCACUGGUCACACCCCAAUCAGCAGCAGAGUCAAUACUCGGAGUCGUACGGCCAUCCCGACUCGUAUCGACAAGGGCACGCACAUGGUCACGGCUACUAA